GAGAACCCCCGCGACCAGUCGCCUUUCUCCGGCUGGCAUUGCAUCUCCACCCGGGCCUCCUUCACCACGUCCCCCGGGGGCAAGCGAGGAGCACUGCGGGGCGGCGCCGCUUCUUCUCCGUUUUCCUUGCCGGCGUUCCCCGCACGGACCUGACGUGCCUCACCCGGCACUAUGGCGGAGAGAAGUGGCCGGCUGAGCUUCCCCGGCAUCGGGGCUCUCAACAGACCGGUAGCGAUGAACCUGUUCGCGACCCAGGACAUAGACGGAUCCUCCCCGAACUGCAUCCCGCGGUUGUGUAUUUUGACAGUGAAGAAGCUGCUGGUGAUGAAAGAACUGGACAAGGAAAUCAUCUCUGUGGUCAUUGCCGUCAAAAUACACGGCUCAAAGCGCAUUCUGAGGUCCCAUGAGAUCGUGUUGCCGCCCAGUGGAUUUGUGGAGACAGAUCUAGCUCUCACUUUUUCACUGCAGUAUCCACACUACCUGAAGCGGGAAGGCAACAAGCUGGAGAUCCUCCUGCAGAGACGAAAGCGCUACAAGAACAGAACCAUCCUGGGCUACAAGACGCUGGCGGCGGGCUCCAUCGACAUGGCGGAGGUGAUGCAGCAUCCCACAGAAGGAGGACAGGUUCUUUCUCUGUGUGGCAACCAGAAGGACACGCUGGGCAAGGUGGCGGAGAUCUGGAUCUUCUCGCUGUCCAGUCAGCCCGUCGACCACGAAGACGCCGCGCAGGGAGGACAGAAGAACAAAUGUUCUGACAACUACUCGGAGGAAGAGGACGAGAGCUUCUCUUCGGAUCCGGAGGCCAGCGACGACGCCGUGCAAGCUCAGGACCUGGAGGACGACGACUACGACGCACGCAAGCCAAAGAAGCUGAGGAGGUCCAUCGGCAGGACCACGUCCAUCACCAGACAGCAGAACUUCAAGCAAAGGGUGGUCGCUCUUCUCAAGAGGUUCCGAGUGUCUGACGAGGUUCUGGACUCUGAGCAGGAUCUGGCUGAGGCUCCUCCCGAGGCGGAGGAAGAGGAUCUGGACAGUGUGGAGUUUGAGAACCCCAGCGAGAGCGAACAAGAACUGGACGACGACGACAGCGUCCUGAGCACACCAAAACCCAAACUCAAGCCAUAUUUCGAAGGUUUGUCGCUGUCGAGCUCGCAGACGGAAAUCGGGAGCGUCCACAGCAGCCAACUUGAGCACGCCAGUGUGAUUGACAACGAUGCCAGCAAACAUGGCCAUGAGGACGACAACGUGUCUGACCGUGUCUCAUAUGAGCAUCCCGAGGCCGUAACGCCGACCACGGAGCUGGAGAUGGACAACAUGGACACAUUCCAGGACAGACUGCCCCCUAGUGGCAGGAUGACCAAGACAGAGUCGCUCAUCCUUUCAUCGAACAGCCAGGAGCCUAAAAUAGCGGGGAGGCGAGGUCGCAGCACAUCGCUGAAGGAGCGUCAGCCCAGCAGACCUCAGAACGAGCGAGCUAACAGUCUGGACAACGAACGCGCCAUGGACACUCGCAGCCACCUGCAAAUCCCGAGAAAGACCGUGUAUGAUCAGCUGAACCACAUCCUGGUAUCUGACGACCAGCUUCCUGACAGCAUCAUCCUCAUCAACACGUCCGACUGGCAGGGCCAGUACCUUUCAGACGUGCUCCAGAACCACCGCCUGCCGGUGGUCUGCACUUUCAGCACAGCAGACAUCCAAGCUGCUUUCAACACCAUCGUGUCCCGCAUACAACGAUUCUGUAACUGUAACUCCCAGACGCCCGUCCCCAUUAAGAUCGCGGUGGCAGGAGCUCAGCGUUACCUGAGCGCCGUGCUCCGCCUCUUUGUGGACCACCUGACCCACAAGACCCCUGACUGGCUGGGGUACAUGAGGUUCCUCAUCAUCCCGCUCGGCGCACUUCCUGUCUCUAAGUACCUGAGCACCAUCGACCAAAAAUACUGCACCUUGUUCCACGACGCCGCAUGGACGGACCUCUUUGAAAGCACGCAGGCUCCUCUCGUCGGCCAGGAGAGUCCAGACGUUGUUUCCAGGGUGAUGCAGUACAUGGCGGGAGCCAACGGAGCUCACCAGCUUCCCAUCGCUGAGGCCAUGCUGACAUACAAACAGAAGAGCAUGUCUGUUUCUUCUCUGGGGGCUCGAUGGCAGAUUUCUUCAAGCGCCGACGAGGACUCAUGUCAGAAGUUCAUCCCAUUCAUCGGCGUGGUCAAAGUCGGAAUUGUGGAGCCAACAUCAGCAAUAUCAGGAGACUUGGACGAUGCGGCGCCGACGAGCUCCCUAAUGCUUGCCACGUCACCUCAAGUAUCACCUGCCCUCAAAGAGGUGUCGCCCACCCCGCCCUCCUCUCCAUUAGUCAACACUGGCUUUUGUGUAUACAGUUCCGGAGUUCAGACGGAGCUGAUGGGUCUCCAGGUGGACUACUGGGCGGUGCCCAGCGAGAGAAAGAAGGAAGUGGAGAAGCGUGACCCUUUGGCCAAAAACACGCUCAAGUGCAAUUUCCGCUCGCUGCAGGUCAGCCGGCUGCCUGUGAGGGGCGCCGAGCCCAGCCCGCAGCCCGCCAUGUCCAUGACGGUGGUGACCAAGGAGAAGAACAAAAAGGUGAUGUUCCUGCCCAAAAAGAGCAAAGAUAAGGAGGUGGAGUCCAAGAGUCAGGUGAUCGACAGCAUCAGUCGCCUCAUCUGCACUGCCAAGCAACAGCAAACCAUGUUGACAGUGUUGAUUGACGGCGUGGAGUGGAACGAUGUGAAGUUUUUCCAGCUGGCGGCGCAGUGGUCCUCACACGUCAAACACUUCCCCAUCGGGAUCUUCGGGCACACCAAAGCGUCUUACUGAAGUCCAACUUUAAAGGUCCCCAGUAAGAAUGAUCAGCACAUUACUUCAUCAAUCCAGAGAUUUAAAGACGUGUAUGAGCUAACUGGCCAGUUUACCUCUUUUUUUUUUAUGCCUCCACAACCUGUAGAAAGGGUGGUCCCCACAAGUCAUGAUCAAAAACUCGGUCCCCAUUCCAAAUGAUAACCAGUAUGUGUGUGUGUGUGCUUGCACUAUGAAUGUAGAGAUGAAUGUUAAAAAAAAAAGCACUUUUCAAUGUUAGUUGCCACACAGGAAGCUGCAAACACGACAUUGUGAUUAAUGUGAUUAAUCGUUGCGGUCAAUAUGAUUGAUCGUUGUGAUUGACGUCAUUAAUUCGUGUGAUUCAUUGCGUCAUGCAUUGAAAUAUUGUACUGGACUCAGCUCAGCCUGUGUUUGUCAUGGACUGUAAAGCAAGACGGUGAAUGAUGCAACUGUACACAAUGUAAAUGAAAACUAAUUUCAUUAAAAUGUCUA